UAUAAACGGCCUCCCCCGCACCCUGCUUGUGCGCGCUCCCUGGGAGCGCGCAGCACCACGAUCCGGUGCCCGCUGUGUCCUCUGGACACAGUGAAACACCGAUCUUGUGACAUCAUUGCUUACUACGUGUGAAAUCUGUGAAUGAUCACAGAGGUCACAUGGUACAAGGCUAUUCACAACAGCCUUGUACCAUGUGACAAGCUGUGACCAAUCACAGCUCACUCAGUAC